AUGGAGGCUGGCGAGGAUACAAGCAGGGUCACGAUAUCUUCAUCAUGGGCAGGAGCGUCCGAAGAUCUCCUCUACCAGUGUCGUCCUCGGCCGGCCGAUCUGAGAUACGCUGAAGCGCCACCUGAUCAGGGCUCCAAGGAAGAUGACCAGCCUCAGAGGAGGAUUAGACUAGACGAGGUGAAAGAGCAUGGACCGGAUUCAGAGAGCCCAUGGGUUGUCAGAGGUCAAUCCGUCUACGAUAUCACGGAUUGGGUGGCCGGCCAUCCAGGCGGAGAAGUCAUAUUGCGUGCAGCUGGGGGAAGCGUCGAGCCGUACUGGAAGAUCUUCAGCAUCCAUCAGAAGCAGGAAGUGUACGAUAUUCUCGAACAGUACCGCAUCGGAUGCGUUGAUGAGCGAGAUCUGGUCGAUGGGCAGGUGCCGGCGGAUAGUAUCAUCGACCCUUUUAUUGAUGACCCCAGAAGAGAUAAGAAAUUGGUGGUGCUAUCGGCCAGGCCGUGUAAUGCGGAGACACCCGGAGACGAGUUGAGAGGCUUCAUUACGCCGAAUAGGCUUUUUUAUGUGAGGAAUCAUAUGUGGGUACCGACCAUUGAAGAGGAGCAAUAUCGUUUGACGAUAGAGUUGGACGAUGGGGAGGAGAAGACGUAUACUUUGAUGGAUCUGAGGGAGAAGUUUCCAAGUGUCACAAUUACAUCAACCAUGCAAUGCUCUGGGAAUCGGAGAAAGCACAUGACUGAGAAGUGUGGCUCUACAAACGGCCUCCAGUGGAGCGUUGGCGCCAUAGGCAAUGCGACUUGGACCGGCGUGAGGCUACGAGACGUCCUGGUCGAUGCGGGCUUUCCCAUCGACGCACCACCAGCGGAUGCAAAACACGCUCAAUUCACGGGAUUAGAAGCAUAUGGAGCCUCGGUUCCUCUGUCAAAGGCAAUCGAUGCACAUGGCGACGUUCUAUUGGCCUACGAGAUGAACGGCUUGGGUAUCCCAAGAGAUCAUGGUUUUCCACUUCGAGUCAUCGUGCCGGGCCACGUCGCAGCUCGCAGCGUCAAAUGGCUACAGAAAAUCACGAUAUCGGACGAAGAGUCUCUUUCUCAAUGGCAACGAAGAGAUUACAAAUCCUUCGGGCCAAACGAGGGCUCGAAGCCAGAUUGGAGCCAAGCAAGGUCAAUCCAAGAGAUGCCCGUCACGUCCGCCAUCACGUCCAUAACCACCGCUCCUUUAGCUCCGAAGCCAAAACCCCAGGCCUCGUCGGAGGAAAAGAAAGAUUCGGACUUCGUCGUCGUCGAAGGUUAUGCAUAUUCGGGCGGCGGACGAGAAAUUAUCCGCGUGGACAUAAGCAAAGACGACGGCAAGACUUGGGACCAGGCUGAACUCGUGCAAGCUGAGAAUAGGGGCAGCAAGGUGUGGUGCUGGAAGCAAUGGCGAUACCAGAUCCCCGCUGCUGAGUUUCGCGGUUGCGUUUUGGCGGUCAAAGCUACGGACGAAGCUUACAAUACUCAGCCGGAAACACAUGACUCGACCUACAAUGUACGAGGCAACCUGGCUACUGCUUGGCAUCGGGUUAAGGUCUGA